AUGACCCCAAACCAAGUGCAAGCUACUUCCGACCGUGAGCAAGAAGGCGGCGGUGGAGAAAUACGUAAUCAUUACGAAUCGAGUGCGUUCGAGGCAAGAAGAUCCUCCGUGAAAACAUUUUUCCAUAAAAAGAAUUCUAAAACAGAUGUUCGCGGUAAACGACCUCGGUCACGAGGUGGCGUUUACAUCGGGGUCCCGUGA